UUUUACAAGUACGUGCGUUGUUGUAUUCCGUGGAAUUUUAAUUUUAUUAUAAUUUUCGGUAGAUAAUGACUUUUAAUUGAUAUAAAUAGAAUUUAAUAUUAUAACAACCGUGCCAAUAUGGCUAAAGAAGGAGACAUGUCACUGUUCAAUGAUGUGUUGGAGCCGUUUAGACGGGUAAUAAAUACGGACCCGCCGAAAGACAAACUGUCGUCCGCUACAAAACUGAAUUUUUCUGAUAGUAAUCAAUCUAUGAAAGAAGGACUCAAUAACCUAUUAUCACUUGGCAAAAGAAAGUCGAGCGUUUGCAUGAAUGAUGUAUGUACGCCGGAGAAACGUGUGCGUUCGGAGUCCAGCACGACACCGGCGUCUGCACCUCCGUCGCCAUGGGAAGCCAAGAGGCUGAAAAUAGACCUAAUAGCCGCUAAAGCUCAGAUUACAAAGUUGGAGUCCCGCAUUAACCACCAGCAUACAAUCCGUAAAGAGAUGCAGAUCCUGUUUGAAGAAGAGAAGGGAUCACUCGUGGAACAACACAAGAGGGAUGAGAGAGCUCUUUCUGAUAUGGAGGACAGAUUGCAACUAAUAAGGAGAAGGGAACAGGAGCUGAAAGAUGAAUACAAUCAGGCAUUGAAAGAACACAAAGAUCAGAAAGCUAACUGGGACAGAGAGAAGGCGGACUUACACAAACAGAUAGCUGACAUGAAGGACAAGUUGCUGGAGUGCAGUGUCAGUAGCAAGGACCAGCUGUCUGAGAUGAAGAAGGAUAUGGACGAAUUGUUACAGGCAUUGGAAGGAGCUCAGUCAGAAGUAGAAAUAUUAAAAGGCGAGGUAGCGAAACAAACAACCAGGGCAGAACAGUGCACUACACUGAGGACUCAGCUGGAGAAGCAGACUUUCGAACUGCAGAGCGUCACCAACAAACUCAAGGAGUUGGAGUACGAGAGAGACUCUUACAAAGACUGGCAGCAGCAAGCUAAGACUGCACAAAAACGUCUAAGCAAUAUGGCGGAGCUAGAGAAGGAGGUGAACAGACUUCGUUCACAAGAGCGGUCGCUACGCGAUGCAGUCUGCAACAAGCUACUGUUGGAGGAACAAGUCCAUCAGUUGCAGUCCAGGGUUGAUGUCUUGCAGCCUGUGCAGAAUGAACUGCACGAGGCCAAGGUUAAACUAGCAACUCUAGAAUCAGCGCUAGAAGAAUGGAAGUCAGCGGCGCGUACGCACGGAGUAGAGAGCGCGCGCGCUCUGUCGGCCGCGCUGGACGCCGCGCUCAACUCGCAGCUCGACGCCACCGCCGCCUCCUCGCAGGCCCAGUCGCAGCUGGCGCAGCUCACUGAGGAAGUAGCAACAGUAAAGUUCGAGCGCGACAAGGCGACUGGCAAGCUGAACGACCUGCAAGUAGUUCGCAAGAACCAGGAGAGUCUCAUACAUAGGCUGCAGAAGCGGCUGCUACUUGUCACCCGGGAGAGAGAUAGCUAUAGACAGCAGUUGGACUGCUACGAGAAGGAGCUGUCGGUGUCGCUGUGCGGCGAGGCGGGCGCGGGCGGCGCGGCGCUGCUGGCGGCGCGCGUGGACCAGCUGGAGCGCGCGCUGCAGGCCUACCGCGACCUGCUCGCGCUCUCCGACCAGCCCGCCCACACCGCGCUGGUGGAGACGUUACGCGCAGAGUCAAGCAAAUGGCGCGAGGAGGCCGAGAACCUCAAGCGUGACGUAGCCAAGUUACGAGCACAAAGGGACACGCUACACGCGAACUUGGAACGUAUCGGCGCGCAAUCGCAGACCAAGGUGCUCCACCUAACCAACAAUCCCGCGGCAGAAGCCCAGAAACAAGUCCAGUUAGACCUAGAGGCUGCACAAGAAGAGAUCAAAAGACUAAAAGCAAGUUUGCGAGAAGGUGGCGGCUCUCUAGCUUGUCCUGAAGAAAUCCAGCAGUUGAAGCAACAGCUGGAAAGCAGUCGCAUUAAACUUAAAAGGUUGAAAGAAGAGUUCACGUCCUCAGCGCAGGAGUACAGAGACGUGUGCUACAUGCUAUUAGGUUAUAAAAUUGAUAGAACUGGACAUAAGAAUUAUAGAAUAUCAAACAUGUACGCGGAGUCAUCGGAAGAGUAUCUAACGUUUACGUUGGACGACGACGGCAUAGAGAUGGUCCACACUGACUACUCAGCGACGCUCGGCGAGUUAGUCGAGUUACAUCUACACCAGCACCGCUCUAUACCACUGUUCCUAAGCGCACUCACUAUGGAACUAUUCACAAGAACUACGAUGCAACAGGUGCAGUGAAAUAUAGGUAAUGAACGUAAUAAUUUAAUAUUAUAAGAGCUACAGUUGUUUCGGGUAAUCUUGUGUCCUAACGGCCAAAUACUAAAAUGCUACUCAAAUUUAGUAACGCGCUAUCUCUCUCGUUUAAUAAAGUAUUUGUAGUGAUAGAAGUACUUGUAAGGCUUAACAUUGAAGUGUAUUUGAGUAUUUGACCAUAAAGGUCACGUUGGAGCAUGUGUCCAAAUUAUCAACCCUUAAAUCCCUAACCCCCCUACAAGUGAAAUGACGCACAUUUCUAUCUCCUUCGGUGUAGCGGGUUCCGUCGAUUGCUUACUAUCAGGUGAUCCGUCAGCUCGUUUGAUCCGACUAUCCCAUAAAAGAACAUGUUCAGUAAAUAUUUCUAAUUACUUUUUUGACUAGCUCCUUAGGCUUUGCCCGUACAAUUACGCCUAUGUCCUUCUCCAUUGUCCCAAAAAAAUUUACAAAAUUACCUGUCAUUUUAUCGUGACAAAGUCGAACAUCCUAGAUAAGUGCUGCUUGUAAUGUAACGAAUGCGACAAUGUAACUUAAUUGUUAUAAAUAAAUAACUAAGGUUCAAUAUUA